UCUACCCAUCACCGUGCAGAUAUGGCGGCUGAGAAGGACCAACAGAAGGAUGCCGAGGCCGAAGGGCUGAGUGCCACGACCCUGCUGCCGAAGCUUAUCCCAUCCGGUGCGGGCCGGGAGUGGCUGGAGCGGCGCCGUGCGACCAUCCGACCCUGGGGGCCCUUCUUGGAUCAGCGGCGCUUCUCUCGGCCCCGCAAUCUGGGCGAGCUGUGCCAGAGGCUCGUUCGCAAUGUGGAGCACUACCAGAGCAACUAUGUGUUCGUGUUCCUGGGCCUCAUCCUCUACUGCGUGGUGACGUCUCCCAUGCUGUUGGUAGCUCUGGCCGUCUUCUUUGGUGCCUGUUACAUCCUCUAUCAGCGCACGUUGCAGUCCAAGCUUGUGCUGUUUGGCCGAGAGGUGAGCCGAGCCCAUCAGUACGCUGUGGCUGGAGGCGUCUCUUUCCCUUUUUUCUGGCUGGCUGGGGCAGGCUCAGCGGUCUUCUGGGUGCUGGGAGCCACCCUCGUGGUCAUUGGCUCGCAUGCUGCUCUCCAUCACAUCGAGGCCGUGGACGGGGAGGAACUGCAGAUGGAGCCUGUGUGAGGCAUCCUCGAAGACCAGUCACC